AUGACAGAAGAAUUGGUGAAAUGUAUGAAAGAGAUGGAAUACCUCCCUUUUUUCCUGAAGGAACGCGCAGAGAAGAUCCGUGAAAUCGAUGAGGAGGUUAAACAGCUGAGCAGCAAAAUAGAGCGCGAGUUAAUUUCCGACAUGGAUACUUUAUUACAGUUCUCGAUGGAAGAGAAGACCAAGCUACAUAAUGAGACGAUGGACCUGUACGCUGAGAUAGAUAGACUGAGCGAACAGAAAGUAAAACUAACAACGGAAAUGUAUGAGGUCGUGAAUCGGCAUGCUCGCGAGAUGGACGAGAAAAUUGCAAAUGCCGAAGCGAUGUGUAAGAAACUGAAGGAAGCAUCUCUGAAGCCGGCUGUAAACACAGAUGAACCUGUGUACUGUAGUUGUAAACAGGCAGUUCGUCAGAAGCCUUACGACUAUUCACCAUGUACGGACAUGAAUAUCAGUCCUGUGCUUUUGAACAGGCGACGGUAA